AUGGCGUCCGGCGACACAGGAGAGACCGGUAGAACGCCAACCAACCCCAUUAGAUCCAUGAUGUCGUUGGAGAAAACCACUACUCCAAAUCCCACAGUAAUCGCCAACGAAGCGUCAAAGGAAGGUGGUAUGGCGGUAUCUAUUACAUCAACUACCGGACAAGAACAACCAGUCGAUGGAGGACAACCUCCUUCCGUCGUUGUGUCAAUGCAAAAUACUCUAAUACAAGGACCUCAGCUAGCAGUGUCAGAUGGCAGGUGCACAACCGGUGGUUUUCCAAACACCACCGCCGCAGAACCAGAUAGCAAGCGCACAACCGGUGGUUCUACAGACACCACCACAACCAAGUCAGAUGGCAGGUGCACCACUGGUGGUUUUCCAGACACCAACACCGCCAAGUCAGAUGACAAGCGCACAAUCAGUGGUUCUCUAGACACCACCACCGCCAAGCCAGAUGGAGGUGCACAACCAGUGGUUUUCCAAACACCACCGCCGCAGAACCAGACGAUAGGCACACAACCGGUGGUUUUCCAGACACCAUCAAUAAGCCAGACAGUAGGGGUACAUUCAAUGUUCCUUCAGACACCACCAAUAACCAAGAUGAUGGGAGAAAUGCCAAUGGCUAUCCAAAUGUUGUUGUUGGAUCAGACGGUCAGAAACCAAGCAGUGGAUUUCCUAAAACCUACAUUUGCAACAAGCAUUUCCCCCUUCAUAAUUCCAUAUUAUCAACAAGCUAUGCCCAAUAAUCCUCACACAUAA